AAAGGUCCGACGAGCAUGAAGGCAGCAGUCUGAGCUGUGACGUCACGUUCCAGCGUACACAGACAAGAUGGCAGCGUCACUGGAAGACGAGUUUGAAGAUGCGCCUGAUGUGGAGCCCUUAGAACCAACACUGAAGAAUAUCAUCGAGCAGAAAUCUUUGAAAUGGAUAUUUGUAGGUGGAAAGGGAGGUGUUGGUAAAACGACAUGUAGCUGUAGUUUGGCUGUCCAGCUGGCUGCGGUCAGGGAGAGUGUCCUCAUCAUCUCCACUGAUCCUGCUCAUAACAUCUCUGAUGCUUUUGACCAGAAGUUCUCUAAGGUGCCUACUAAGGUCAAAGGCUAUGACAACCUCUUUGCCAUGGAGAUUGACCCAAGCCUGGGUGUGGCAGAGCUGCCUGAUGAGUUCUUCGAGGAGGACAACAUGCUCAGCAUGGGCAAGAAGAUGAUGCAGGAGGCCAUGAGCGCCUUUCCUGGCAUCGAUGAGGCCAUGAGCUAUGCAGAGGUCAUGAGGUUAGUGAAAGGAAUGAACUUCUCAGUGGUAGUCUUUGACACUGCUCCCACUGGCCACACACUGAGGCUGCUCAACUUCCCCACCAUUGUGGAACGUGGUCUCGGCCGCCUCAUGCAGAUCAAGAACCAGAUCAGCCCUUUCAUCUCCCAGAUGUGUAACAUGCUUGGCCUGGGUGACAUGAAUGCAGACCAGCUGGCCUCUAAGCUCGAGGAGACCCUGCCAGUCAUCCGCUCAGUCAGUGAGCAGUUCAAAGACCCCGAACAGACCACCUUCAUCUGUGUAUGUAUCGCCGAGUUCCUCUCCCUGUAUGAGACGGAGAGGCUGAUCCAGGAGCUGGCUAAGUGCCGCAUCGACACACACAACAUCAUUGUCAACCAACUUGUUUUCCCCGAUAUAGAGAGGCCAUGUAAAAUGUGUGAAGCCCGCCAUAAAAUUCAGUCCAAGUAUUUGGACCAGAUGGAGGACCUUUAUGAAGAUUUCCACAUAGUCAAAUUGCCGCUGCUGCCCCAUGAAGUUCGAGGUGCUGACAAGGUCAACACAUUCUCGAAGCAACUACUGGAACCAUACAAACCCCCAAACAAGUGAUCUCCAUCCCCGCAGGACCUCCCCUUUCCCCCUUACAAGACCACACCUCUGCAGUCUGAACUCACGUCCUCUGAGCUCCCCCCAACCAGCCUCAAACCCCGCAGUAACGGCCUCAAGAUGAUCCACUCAGUCCUCAGCCCACCACCAUCCAGAGCAGAGCGUGCUCAGUGCUACAGCGAGACACACGCUUUUAAUGAAGGGGAGCUGAUGAAAUCAUAAACACACACACACAUACAUGAUCCACUACAUUGUUACAGAGAUAGGACAGUGCAGAUUAGUGCUGCCUUACUCUCACCUCACCUUCUCUUUCCUUCAUAUUGUCUGUGUGGCAGUUGUACUAUUCCUACUUUAAAGCAUUUAACUUUUUCUCAAAAAAAACAAGAAACAAACUUCCCCUUUUCCAUCCCACGCUGUGUCCAGCCUCAAAGUGUUCCCAGUGACGGUGCUGUGUAUUCCAGGAUAAAACGGCUUUCAGAUGGUUGAUGUUUAUGCCUUGUUUAAUCUGUGUGGUUUGGUGGCUGUGUCUGUUCUCCAGUUUGACUUCAAUUUCACACAUUCAUCUCUCACACAUCUGGAAUUUACAUCCAAAUUUCUACAGAUUCAGGGUGUGACGGCAGGGCAAUGAAAACAAACAAAACACCUGUGGUCUUAAGUAAGUUUUGUCCUUGACCAAGACCAUCCAUGUUAUUGCAAUAAAGAAAACGAGAGCAGUCUCAAGUGUGUCUUUUCCCAUUUGUCACAGUGAUCAUGGUGUAAAUGCAGUUACCUAAUGCCAUCAAGAUUUUGAAUUAAGCCCUGUAGGUGGUAGCUAUGUAAUUGUUUGAACUUGACAGUCUUAAUGGCCUCUGUUAAUUAUUUUAGGCCGCUGUGGUUGCUCCAGGUGGCAUUUUGUCGGAGACGGCACCAGAUUUAUGAGAUUCAAAAGCAAAUGUGUGGUGAGACUCUUGAUGUUUGAGCAGCUGGAAGCUAAAUUUGAGUGAACCCCAACACCGCUGAACUCCCAGUACAAGGUUCCCAUACAACGCUCAAAAAACUCUACCAAUGCUCUUCUCUGUCAAACAUUUUGUGUCCACCCUCAUGUUUGCUGAGAACUGAAUGGAAACACUAUUGAAAGACAUUAGUAGCCUUAUUUAGUGCAUUGUUAAUUACAAAUAUAUUGAAUGUUGCUUGAUCAAAUGUUGAACAAAUGAAUGGUGAGCCCUGGUCAUUGAAUACUGGACUCUGAUUGGCUCACCUGAUGCUUCAUUGUUUUCCUAUAUGUUCCAACAGAAAGAUAUAGAUGACAGGUGAAUUCAUCCUCAAAUAAAAGCAUAAUGUCCCCUCUGUCCCUGAAUGCUUUUGAGUAAAAAUAAUCUGUUUUCUAUAGAUUUUCUUUAAAUUAUGUUGCGAGUGUUAAUUAAACAAACUUGCCUCA